GCAUAUUAUGAGUGCAGGUGCGCGGCUAUCGUCAUCAUCUCAGCCAGGCGUUCGUUGACUUUUCCCUCUUUUCAUUUUUCUUCACGUUGCCGCUGGUUCGGGUUCCAUUCUCCUUUAUGGGUGCUGUACAGAUUCAUUACAAUUAGAACAGCAAACCUACACUCUUUAAACUCGCAAUUAUGUUUCUUUCCGUAGACCGUGCUUCGUACUUCCAGGACCCCGAGAGCAACCGCCGCCGCACAGUAUGGCCUUCCGCGCACGGAGAUGCCGUUCAGAUGAGCACACCAUGGCACCUAACGCUCGAAGCGGCCGCCGAGACCAACCAGCGAAUCACAAGUGUCUUUGAUACCGAGGGUCGUGCGGCACGCAUGAGUGCCAUGGUGGAUUCGUCGCUGUUCCCGCCUCCACUACAAGAUCGCAAUAGACACUCGGCGUGGGUUGGCAAGAGUGCACAAAGGCAGACAUGGCUUGCACCCGUAGCUGGAGCUGACUUGAAGGACCGUGUAUGGUCUGGCGAAUUCGAUGUUGAGAGGAGGCCAUCGUUCCAGUCGCGCUCAUCAAACCGAUGGAGCGGCGAGGUUGAUCUGGACGAUUUUGAGAAAGAUGCCAAGAAGGAGCCAUACCCUGUCGACUGGGAGGAGGGUGAUGUUGAGAACCCCCUCAACCUCAGCAAGGGACGCAAGUGGUUUAAUGCCAUGAUGCUCGCGUUCGCAUGCUUCAUGGUGUCGAUCGCGUCGUCCGGCUUCUCGCAAGGUACUGAGCAGCUGAAGACUGAGUUCGGCAUCUCGCAGACAACCGCCCUCCUCACCACCUCGACAUUCGUCCUCGGCUUCGCAGUCGGCGCCCUUAUCCUCUCCCCACUCAGCGAAGUCUACGGCCGCCGCGACCUCUACAUCAUCACAUUUGGCGCCUUCGUCGCCUUCAGCGGCAUCGUUGGCUUCUCCUCCUCCAUGACCGUUGUCAUCGUUCUCCGUUUCUUCGGCGGCCUCGCAGGUUCCUUCACGCAAGCCGUCGCCCCCGCUGUCGUCGCUGAUAUGUUCAACGCCCAGGAUCGUGGGCUCGUCAUGUCCAUCUUCACGCUCGCGGGCCUCGUAGGUCAGAAUCUCGGCCCGAUCAUCUGCGGCUUCCUUGUCAAGGCCUACGGCUGGCGCGCAAUCGCCAUCCUCAUCAUCGGCGCCUCGGGACCUACCUGGGUCGUCCUCACCCUCACGUUCCCGGAGACCUACGCUCCGGUCCUCCUGCAACGUCGCGCCGAGGCCCUCACCGCGGAGACCGGUAAGCUGCACCAGGUCGCCGGUCUGACACCGAAGCCCAUCGCGCAGCAACUCCGCGUCGGCGCCCUCCGACCCUGGAUCAUGCUGAUCUACGAACCCAUCGUCACGCUCCUCUCCCUCUUCCUGUCCGUCGUCCACGGCACUCUCUUCCUGCUUUUCGCCGCCUACCCAAUCGUGUUCCAACAAACCCGCGGCUGGGAGCAGGGCAUCGCGUCGCUGCCCUUCCUCGCCAUCAUCGUCGGCAUCAUGCUGUCGCUCGUGUACGUCGCGCUGGUCGACCAGAAGCGCUACGCCAAAGUCGUUGCGCAGUACGACGGCAACGCGCCGCCCGAGGCGCGUCUUCCGCCUGCGAUGCUCGGCGCGGCUGCGCUGCCCAUCGGGUUGUUCUGGUUUGCGUGGACCAAUGCGCCGGAGAUGCCGUUUAUGAUUUGCGUGUCCGCGGGUGCGCUGUUCGGGUUCGGAAUGGUGCUGUUGUACAUGUCGCUGACCAACUACAUUGUUGAUGCGUAUCUGGGGUAUGCUGCGUCGGCGCUGGCGGCCAGCACGGUGUUGAGGAGUAUUGCUGGCGCGGCGUUUCCGCUGUUCACAGGAAAGCUGUAUUCGAGUCUGGGCAUCCACUGGGCGAGUAGCGUGCCGGGUUUCCUAGCGCUGGUGUUCAUCCCGUGUCUGUUUGCGUUCUAUAAGUGGGGUGAUAAGUUGAGGGGGAUGACGAGGUUCGGUGCUGAGGCUGCCAACAUGGCCGGUAAAUAGACGGUUAGAAUUUAGAGCUUCACAGUACAUAUCCUCAUCG